GUGGGGGACUGGGCCCAUAAGAGGAAGUGCAGUUAGACCCGACCCCGCUGGACGCUGUUAGAAACCGUCCUGGCUGGGAGGCAAGAGGCCCCGCCCCCGUGGCUUAAGCUGCGUCGCCGCCUGCGCCCAGCCACACUGCGAAGACCCGCUGCGCGCGCCUUGGGAUCUACAGUCCAGGCUCGUCCUGCUCGCCCGACGCGCCCUCAGCCAACCGACAGACACAGCCGCACGCACUCCCGUGUUCUCCCUGCGGCUCGGACACAUAGUAUGACCAUUAGGUGUUUCGUCUCUCACCCAUUUUCUAUGGAAAACCAAGGGGAUCAGGACAUGAUAGCCACUGGCAGCUUUGAAGAAUGGGACACCUUUAGAGAAGCUUGAUCUUGGAGGCCUCACCGUGAGACCUUACAAAGCCAGAUUCCGGCAGAGUUCCUCUAUCUCAUCUUGUCGCUGAUUAAAGGUGCCCCCGUCUCCAGUUUUUCUCCAUCUCCUGGGAGGUAGCAGGAAAUCAGCAUCAUGGUUGGGUUCAAGGCCACAGAUGUGCCCCCUACUGCCACUGUGAAGUUUCUUGGGGCUGGCACAGCUGCCUGCAUCGCAGAUCUCAUCACCUUUCCUCUGGAUACUGCUAAAGUCCGGUUACAGAUCCAAGGAGAAAGGCAGGGGCCAGUGCGCGCUACAGCCAGCGCCCAGUACCGCGGUGUGUUGGGCACCAUUCUGACCAUGGUGCGUACCGAGGGCCCCCGAAGCCUCUACAAUGGGCUGGUUGCCGGCCUGCAGCGCCAAAUGAGCUUUGCCUCCGUCCGCAUCGGCCUGUAUGAUUCUGUCAAACAGUUCUACACCAAGGGCUCUGAGCAUGCCAGCAUUGGGAGCCGCCUCCUAGCAGGCAGCACCACAGGUGCCCUGGCUGUGGCUGUGGCCCAGCCCACGGAUGUGGUAAAGGUCCGGUUCCAAGCUCAGGCCCGGGCUGGAGGUGGUCGGAGAUACCAAAGCACCGUCAAUGCCUACAAGACCAUUGCCCAAGAGGAAGGGUUCCGGGGCCUCUGGAAAGGGACCUCUCCCAAUGUUGCUCGUAAUGCCAUUGUCAACUGUGCUGAGCUGGUGACCUAUGACCUCAUCAAGGAUGCCCUCCUGAAAGCCAACCUCAUGACAGAUGACCUCCCUUGCCACUUCACUUCCGCCUUUGGGGCAGGCUUCUGCACCACUGUCAUCGCCUCCCCUGUAGACGUGGUCAAGACCAGAUACAUGAACUCUGCCCUGGGCCAGUACAGCAGCGCUGGCCACUGUGCCCUUACCAUGCUCCAGAAGGAGGGGCCCCGAGCCUUCUACAAAGGGUUCAUGCCCUCCUUUCUCCGCUUGGGUUCCUGGAACGUGGUGAUGUUCGUCACCUAUGAGCAGCUGAAACGGGCCCUCAUGGCUGCCUGCACUUCCCCAGAGGCUCCCUUCUGAGCCUCUCGUGCUGCUGACCUGAUCACCUCUGGCUUUGUCUCUAGCCAGGCCAUGCUUUCCUUUUCUUCCUUCUUUCCCUUCCCUCCUUCCCUCCUUCCCCACCUCUUCCUUCCGCUCCUUUACCCACCACCUUCCCUCUCUCUACAUUCUCAUCUACUCAUUGUCUCUCAGUGCUGGUGGAGUUGACAUUUGACAGUGUGGGAGGCCUCGUACCAGCCAGGAUCCCAAGCCUCCCGUCCCUUGGAAAGCCAGAAUCUUCGUCCUGCCCCCCGCAGCCCAGCCUAGCCCACUUGUCACCCAUAAAGCAAGCUCAACCUUG